GCUGCAGUGAGUCAGUCAGUGAAGAGUUAAAGGUUGGAGCUGGCAGCAGUCUGCCCUGUGCGUCCACGGUAUUUAGCAGGAAAAAGUCAGACUCCUGCUCGCUGUCCUAAGCUAGGUUUGUGUUUUGUUUUUGUUUUUUCCUCCUCAUUUUGCUGCAGAGCCGCCGAGGUGCGACGGCGACAGCAAAGUAGCUCGUCGUGUCACCGUGCGCGUUUAAACAGACGAACAAAAAGAGAAGGAUGAGUGGGUGUUAAGUCAUAUGCCUGGUUGACGCAUCUCUGCUUUGCAACACUGAGCUGCAGCCUGCUUCGCCUAGGAUUGUCGCUUGUCCCGUAAAGUUGGACCCCUUCACGCGAUGUCUACAGAGGUGGAAAACGGUGUGCCAGCAACCGCUGACCCAAGUUCCCCACCCACAGCCUCAACCAACAGCCCACCCCCUUCUCCUCUGACGACCACACCCAAGGGCCUGUUGAGAAAAGAAAAGAGGAAAGUGAUAGAGAAGACAGAUGAGUACCUCCUGAGCAGGUUUCAAGGGGACGGUGUGAGGUACAAAGCCAAGCUCAUCGGUAUCGAUGACGUCCCCGAGGCCCGUGGAGACAAAAUGUGCCAGGAUUCCAUGAUGAAGCUUAAGGGCAUGGCGGUAGCUGCUCGGUCCCAAGGCAAGCACAAACAGAGAAUCUGGGUCAACAUUUCCAUGUCUGGUAUAAGGAUCGUUGAUGAAAAGUCAGGAGUAAUUGAACAUGAGCAUGUGGUGAAUAAAAUCUCCUUCAUUGCCAGAGAUGUAACAGACAACAGAGCGUUUGGAUAUGUAUGUGGGGCUGAAGGACAGCAUCAGUUCUUUGCCAUAAAAACGGCACAACAGGCAGAACCUUUGGUCAUUGAUCUGAAAGAUCUUUUCCAAGUAAUCUUCAACAUGAGGAAGAAGGAAGCAGAGUCCUCAGAGAAGGCUCAAAAUGGCUCGGCAGUUGCAGAGAACUGUGACAAUGAAUCAAAGCCUGCACAGCCAGUGGAGCAGCUCGACCUUUUUGGAGACAUUAAAACUCCCCCAGACAUCAGGUCUCCAGAAGAAUCUAAUGACAUUCUGUUGCUGGACUUUUCUGCUGGAGUUGACAGCAAUCAAAAUUGCAUGAAGGAUUCCUCUUUUCUGAACUCCCUUGGCCCCGACUAUGAAGCGCCCACAAAUUCUAAAAAUACAUCAACUUUUGGCUACUUUCCUGCUCCAGAUAGUGACCCAUUUGGAGAUGACCCCCUUUGUAGUCAACCCAAUAGUUUUGUACCUCAUAAUGCACAUCAGCCACCUACAAAUAGUCUCGUUUCUUCUGACACCGUUAAGACAAAUCUUAAUGGUUUAAGUGGAGAGACUGGGCAAAAUCUGCAGAUGAAUGAACUAUCCAGUAAAUCAAUGAUCCUUGCACUCAAUAAUGGACAGUGGCCACUAGGGGGUAGUAUAACACAAGGCACUGGGAUAACGAUGAUGGACGGGAAUGAAUGUCAACAAGGAAUCUCUGCCAAAAACCCAUUUUUUGACUCCUCUUUGAAAACGUCCCCUGUCUCUUACAACAUAAGUAACCCAGAAGCACCGGUGACCCAUAGCAACGACUCUGUUGUCAUAAGCCCGCCUCCACAGAACUUUAAGUCUGGACGAGGUCGAAGGAACACAAAGGCUGGGUCAAGUGAUCUGUUUGGUGCAGACCUAUUUGGUGCUUCUUCUGAGACGUCUCCAGCUGACAUUUUCAACAAUACACCUACAAAUGUUGUUCCUUCAUCCAUGGCUGCUCUGGGCAAUCUUCAGUUGGGUCCACCAGCUACAAGUGUACCUGCUAUGGGUGUGUGGGGUUCCUCCCCUGCUCCAGCCACAAUGUAUCACAUGCCAGGAAUUGCUGCUCCUGGCCCUAGACCCAACUUUGUGCAACCAGCUCCCUUUGCCGUUCCCAUGCAGCCCCCCGCCUGGGGUCCGCAGGUGGCGCCUCAGUUUAGUUCCCCACCCCUCUCUCCACCUCAUCUCCAGUGGGCUCUGCCGGCUCCCUCCAAUCCCUUCCAAACAAUGGGAGACCAGGGUCUGUCACGCCCCCCUCCAAGGCCGCCUGCUAAGGAGACCCCGGCCCGAGUGGAAAACAGUGCCUUCACUGCUUUGGAUCCUCUUGGCGAUAAGGAGAAGAAAAUUGGGAAGGACAUGUUCAAGAACUUCCAGCUUGCCAAACCUCCUGCUAUCCCAGCCAGGAAAGGGGAAGUUGCAUCAAGCGCUGCUGCACCCACUGUCAAAGAGUCGGGGGCAUUCGAUGAAUACUUUUCCAAUAAAGUGGGUGUGGCCCAGGAGGCUGCAGACCAUGAUGACUUCGACAUCAGUCGGAUGUCUUCGCUUGCUAAUAAUGAUGCUGCAAAGCAAGUACCUGUGCAAACUCCUGCUCAAAGUUUGACUCCUGGCCUCCUUGAUGCUGCCUUCUCUUCUGCUCCAGUUCCCAAUAAUUCAGCACAAAUGCUGGGGCAAGGCUUCGGUCAGGACAUGUUUGAUAAAGCCUUUGGCGCCCCGGAUCCUAAUCCUUUUGGAGUGCCAAUGAAUACAGUUGUUCAGGCCUCUGGUUCCACAGAUGCCUUUGGAGAUGCAUUUGGUAAUCCUUUUGCUUGACCACAGGUUGGCCCAUGAUGAAAGGAACUGCAGGGCAAACGAAGCUCUCCACCUCAAACUUAUCUUCAGGACAAGCUGCCCUGUGCAAGACAAUCCAAAUGAACUCUUAU